UUAACCUCAUUUUGGUUCUAUUGGUUAUUCAGCGAUGUGAACGGGUUUAUAUCAUCAUAAAGUUGAGUUUAUAAGUGUCAUCCUGUUAAUUUACUUAGUUGCUUAUAUGAUAGAACCGGGAACUCUUGCUGGCUGAGAGUAUAAUAUUUCCACUGGACCAGAUAGAUCACCAGUCUUACGAUGAUUGGUUUUCGACGUUGGGGAAUGCUGGCAGCAUUUUUAUGGUUAAUGACCACAAGCGAAGCCAGGCGAAAGCUGAAGCGAGAUGAAAUGGAAAGCUUGAAGUCAUUCGAAACAGUUGAUGUAGACGAGGAUUUUGAUGAGAUAGAGCCGUGCCAAUGCGGCGUGUUUAUGUCGCAGCAGGUCGGCAUCACGAAUGGACGCCGCAGCCGGCCGCGAGGCCCGCCACAGGGUGAGCCUGUAGUGACAUACGACACCGACAGCCCAAGCUUGCCCUGUGGUACCGGCGGAUUCAAGCACUGCAUCAGUAAAUGCUUGGAUGUGAUACUGAAGUACUUACCGCGCGCCGGGCCAGUGAUCUGCGGUGCGGUGGAGCGAGACGUGCACCGCGAGAAGGCGUUCCUCUUUAUCAAGAACUGCGGGGGACAGUGGACCCCUACCAACUUUUCCGCGGGCAAGGAGUUCUGUUGUACUGACGGACAGCAUCAUAAAUGCUGAUUUCAUUUCACGAUUAGUUCAAGUCGCGCUACACUUUACUUUUUAUUAAAACCUUUAGCUUAAGCGAAAUGUUUUCGAUUAUCGAAACACCAUAAUGUCAAUUUAAAAUAAACUCGAACAGGUUUGUUAGUGGAGUUAGAGUGUCAAAUUUUGGGCUAUGAAUUUCAUUUUGUAAACGCUCCCGCUAAAAGCGCUAGCUGUAGAUGAACAGUAUGGAUGAGCUUAAGCUUUAAAAAAAGGUUACCUAUUUCAAUUUUACCUGUGCAUUCGAGUUUAACUAAUCAGGUAUUAUCACAGACGAAACUUAAAUCAAUUUCGUAAUUCGAAAAUUAAAUCAAUGCAAUCGAUUUUCAGUAUCCCGCUAAAAUUUUCGUUGAUUCAGCUCGUUUUAAACGGAACAGUUUCAAUCUUUGCACUUUUUGCACGCACUUUGCGAAUGCAAUGCUACUUGCCUUUUGUGAAGGUAGUUAAAGCGACGUUUAGCAUUUCCAUAACUUGCAUUUAGGUCGGUGGUAUUAUUUAUAUUUAAGAGUUGGUACGGCAUGCCUUAAUUAAUAUUAAUUUACUCUUUCUAAUUUUAGCAAUAGCAGUAAGAAAAAAUGUACAUAAUAAGUACAAACCUAGCAAGCAUCACAUUUCAAUUAACUUAUUAUGAUAAUAUUUUUGUAAGACUUUUUUACAGGGAGGAAUCAUUUUAAGUUUGUCUUGUACAAGUAAUCUUAAUCGAAUACCUACUUAGUAAAAGAUUAUAUUUUAAAUUUGA